UAUAUCCAAAUCUCUUUUCUAAUUUUUUUGCCGCAUUUUCUUCUCCCUCCUCCUCUUUUUCUUCUUCAAAAUUUUCCCAUCAAAAAAUGCCGCUUUCGCGCGCCUUCAUUUAAUAUUAUAUCUUAUUAUUUUCUUCCAUUUAUUCUUCUUCUUUUUUUUAUCGACACCUCUUCCUUAAUCUUUUUAUAGUAUUUUCUCUCUUAUUUUGUCGCCAAAUUUAAUCUAAUAAAAAAAUUUUUUUUCUCAUGCAAAUCCGCCAAAAAAAAAUUUUUUUUUAUGUCUCCGAAUUUUUUGAUUUAUUUUUAGAAAAGUUUUGUUGAUCUAUUUUUACGUCCUUGAUUUGGUAGUUUAUUUACAUACAAAUAAUUUUCACUAGAAAACACGCUUCAAUGCUUCUUCCUUUUCUUUCUUUUAAACCCGGAAAUUUUUAUUUAAAUUGCUUCAAAAACUUUUUUUUAAUUUUUAUUGUUGUGGAAGGGGAGAUCCAGGUUUUAAAUCGCUUGCUAGGCUUGGGUUUAGAGAAUACAUUAAAAUGGGAAGGUAAAAGCAAAUCGCGGGUAAUCCAAUAAAUUGCCAUAUACUCUAGAUAGACCAGGUUACUCGACAUUCAAUACUGGAUUUUUUUCAACCUUUCCCAACUCCAAUCUUUACGUGGUAAGCUACAAAUCCAAAGUAAUAAAACUACCAAGAUAUUCCUGAUCGGUUCUAAACUUUUUUUUACCUCUCUCCCUUUUUCACUGUUGUCAACAUUUCUAUUUUUAUUUACA